CGCUUUUGCACUUUUGGCCCUGGUACACACGCCAGGAGCCGUUCUCAACACAGAUUAAUACAUUCUGUAGGCUGCCACCGAGCAAAUCUCGCGCCCCACAGCUCGCGAGCGCUGUUUGUGCGCUCACUGCAAAGAGCCAAAGCCAACUGUGACACCAGGGAGCGCCAGGUGCCGCCGCCGACGAACGUAGUCGUAGAGCAGCCAUCAAAGAUAAAACAAGAUGAACGCCGCCGCCAGCAUGCUGCGGUCCGUGCUCAACACCUCGCGCGCGGCCCUGUCGAGCGGCGUCCCGAAGCGCCCGCCGACGUCCUACAUGCUCUUCGCGAAAGCGCAGCGCGCCGCCGGCGCCGUCGACGCGUCGUUAAAGGUGCCGGAGCAGGGUAAACAGAUCGGCGCGGCCUGGCGCGCGCUAGCCGACAAGAGCCCAUACGAGGCCGAGAGCCUGCGGCUGCGGGAGGCCUACGCGGCCGAGGUCAAGGCCUACACGGAGACGCACGGGACACCACCCCCCUCGAAGAAGGCUUUGAAGCAGAGCCAGCCCAAGAAGAAAAGGGCCCCGUCGGCCUACGUGCUCUUCGUGAGCGACGUUUUGAAGCACGAGACCGCACCCAAACAAGUGGAUAGGAUGCGCGCCGUCGCCGCGAAGUGGGGCUCCAUGUCCGACGCGGAGAAGGCGCCUUACCAACGCCGGGCGGCGGAGGCGAAGGCGGCGAUGUAGUCCUAAAAACUUUA